CAAAGCGUGCACUGCUUAGUCACCUCCGCAUAUUAUCUCACAGCUGAUUGGUCAGAAUAUGGUUGCCUGACCGCCAGGUCCACCAGGCUUCGGUCUCACCAAUGACCAGAGACAGCGAUAGCCUAGUAGGGCUGACACAGUGGGGAAGAAGGGAAGGAAGGACUAUUUUUACCUGGAGCCGCGAACGGCCGUGACUGGGAAAAAGGGAAAGGAAAACAAAUGAAAUGACUGAGAACCAGGUAGUGAGCAGGUGACCCUUAUACCCUUCAACUUAGCCUUACGGGACUACAGAUGGUGUCAUACCCUUUUAACUACUACCAAACGUUAUCAACCAUUCCGAGAACCGGGCGAACAAACAUCUCUGUCCAACGAGUAGUUUGCGUUUCUUUUUUCUAUCUGUACCGGGAGUUACUGUCUUGGCGUAGUUUAUUGAUUCUCCCCCAUUUUGAAGACGAAUCCAUUCUUCCCAUCUUUUCCUCCCCCCAUUAUCGCUGGGAUAUCAGAAAUCGAUGGACACCUCGAAUGGCUCCCUCCUAACCGCCAUCUCCGCCAUUUCCACCUCCUACGAAUCCCGCGGUCAAACCGAUGAAUCCGAUCUCCUCAACUCCGCCAUCGCCAAAAUCUCCCCCGAUGACGCCAUCACAGCCGCCCAAACCUUCGGCGCUCUCGUCGUCACCUUCCUCGAACACGGGCAAUGGAACGCCGCCGCCGACAUCGGGAAACUCGUCGUCGACGCGCGGAUAGCCCUUCUGGGGCCAGAGAACCAGUCGACGCUAACAGCCAUGAGUAACCUUGCCUCGGCGUACUGGGGUCAAGGGCGGUGGGCCGACGCAGCGGAGUUGGGCCGACGUGUCACAGCUGCCCGGAGACGGAUACUGGGCGAGGAACAUCCGCAGACAUUAACGGCGAUGUCGAAUCUAGCAUCGGCGUACAGUAAACAGGGGUUAUUUAGUGAGGCCGAGGCGCUGGAGUUGCAAUUAUUGGAGGUCAAGGGACGGACGCUGGGCGAGCAGGAUCCGUCCACGUUGAGUUCAAUAGGGAAUUUGGCUGCCACAUAUACGAGUCUGGGGCGGUAUGAGGAUGCCGAGCGCUUGGAGCGACGCGUGGUGGAACGGUGUGAGGAGAUCCUGGGCGUCGAACACGCGAGUACCUUGACGUGGAAAUCCAAUUUGGCGGUCACAUUUCGCGAGCAGGGGAGGUUAGACGAGGCUGUUAGGCUGGAGUCGUCGGUGCUGGAGGUUAGAGUCGCUCGUUUGGGGCGCAGAAAUCCUCUAACGCUUACCUCGAUGGCGAAUCUGGCGACCACGUACCGGGACUCCGGUCGAUGGGAGGAGGCGGAGGAGCUCGAGAUGAAGGUCUUGGAGAAUAGUAAGGUUGUGCUCGGGGAGGAUCAUCCGCAGACGCUGAUGGCAGCGGAUAACCUUGCGGCCACAUAUCGGUGUCAGGGACGUUUGGCGGACGCUGCGCGUCUGGGGACCAAGGCCAUGACAACGAUGCGGAGGCACUUAGGCGAGGACCAUCCGUUAACCCUGACGUCGAUGGCGAAUAUGGCCUUGACGUAUCAGCAUCAGGGUCGGUCGCCGCAAGCGGAACGGCUGACGCUGCAGGUGCUGCAGUUGAUGCGCAAGUCCCUCGGUGAGGCCCACCCCCAUACCCUCACCACCUUGGCAAAUCUCGGAGCCAUCUAUCAAUCACAGGGGAGAUGGAAUGACGCGGAGAAGGUGGCAGAGCAGACCGUCCGCGCCAGAGAGGUGGUCCUCGGGAAGGAACAUCCAGAUACCCUGGCCUCGAUGGAGGAUUUGAUGCGGGUAUAUCGCGUCCUGGCAGCCGAUCGAACGAUGCAACGAGCCGCCAUGCGAUAGAUGUACAGCGAGGCUCUGCAAUUCAAUCUGUGCGGUUAGUUUGAUUGCUUUAUCAGCAUUCAUGAGUUAUGACCAUUGCCAAUUUGACAGUUUGUAUUCAAUUUAGUAGACCCCUUGUAGAACGCGGCAAACAUUUAGUCUGUUCAUGUUGAUACAAUGUAAACCUCAGUCGCGUAGACCAUAGGAACCGAGUGUCAGAAGUACGAUUAGAA